AACCAUCAACCAGCCCACAAUCAUGUCGUCCUUCGCCGCCGCCAGGUCCGUCCUCCGCUCCUCUGCGGCUCGAACCACCGUGGCCUCGAGGCUUGCCUCCGCCCCCAGACCCAAACCAGCCUCCUCACCAUUUCGCGUCCCCAAACCAACCCAAAGCCUCUCGGCUCCUCGCAUUUUCAGGUCGCCUGUGGAGUUGAGCUGCUGCGUGGAGACGAUGCUUCCGUACCACACAGCCACAGCCUCUGCAUUGCUCACUUCGAUGCUCUCCGUCUCUCAGCGCUCCUACGGUUGGACCCCCGAAGAUUGCAAUGAUGAUGUAUGAUGAAUAUCAGAGGGUUCGAGCAAAGUUUUAUGUACUUGCGCUCUAUGACAAGUCUUUUAUCUAUUUGUAGUGUGAUGAUGGUGAUGAAAAAUGACGACGAUGAUAGUGUUUCCCAAUUAAAUAGAUGGAUGAUUGUUAUCUGUUGGGAUGCAGUGCAUCGGUCGUAGUUUUCAUGGAUUUCAAUGGACUUUGUAGGACUUGCUUGAGACUUGAGGCAUGCUUCAUCCUAGUUUAAUCCACAGAAUCAUACUUGUUCUGCAAUCAUUCACGAAGUAGAUGCCAUGAUGUUGAUUUACGUUGUCUUUAUAAUUAAAUUUUCGAUCUCUGAAUCCCGAUGAUAUGACGAGGUUGAGGUCAAACAUUUUGAUGCAAUUUCCAAUCUCCGGUCUUCUUGAUA